AUGGUGACGAAGGUCGUUUUGGUUACCGGUGGAGCCGGUUACAUUGGUUCCCACACCGUUCUCCAGCUCUUGCUCGGUGGUUUUAAGGCCGUCGCCCUCGACAAUCUUAAUAAUUCUUCUGAGGUUGCUAUGCGCAGAGUUAGGGAGCUAGCUGGUGAAUUCGGCAAUAAUCUUUCCGUUUACAAGGUCCUCACAGUUACCUAUACCUUCCGAUCAAUUUUGUUGCAUGUGCUUCUAAGCAUCACAGUUUGGUUUUUGCCAGUUUAUGUUUCUGAGAGCUAG